AUGCCUCUCAGUAAAGGCGCCAUUGCAACAUGGUCUGUGCUCAUCUAUUGGCAAGUGCAUGACACGUUAUCUUCAGUCACGCAAUGCCAGGGGGCAACCUACUCCAUUCAAAAUCGCGUCUUGACAGGUCACGCAUUUCGCACCAAGCCAUGUGCAACCAUGGAAUGUUGCGUGAUAUUCUGCGGCGAGGAUCCCAAUUGUAAAAGCAUAAACUAUUAUCGAAAAACAAAGACUUGUGAGUUGAAUAACGUCAGUGCUGUAGUGUCUCCUGAGAGUAUGGUGGACUUUGAAUUGUCAAUGUACAUGACCAAUGCCUUUUCACCCUGUCACCUUGACUUUGAAUGUGAAGGACAAAGGAGGAUAUGUCAGGUGAUGGAAGGCUGGAGCUACUGUAAAGGUAAUAUUGGGAUUUUGUUUUUAGUCUCUUGUUAUUUUGACAAUGGAUGUGAUGCACAGGAGCAAAUACAUAAGUAAAGCUAACAUCUUUUCAAAAAUUUCCUUUUAAAUUGGAAAUAUCGUGUAAAUUAACUAGCACAGGUCAGUACCAUAUUUGGAAGAUAAUCUCUAUUUUUAAAACAAUGCCUAGAAAUAGAAAUAGAAAAGUAUAUUUAAUUCAUUGGUGUCUAUAAAUUGUGCACGCAACUGAUUUGAAGCGCAAAUAUCGUAGGCAACAGCCCCAGUUGUUCAAUUUUGUGGUCUCGAAAAAUGGAAUGAGACAUGCAACCUGUUCUGGAAUGCCAUCAGAAAUGUCUGAACAUUUCAGGACCUAAAAAGAAAUCAGUUCCUUCUUAGCAAAUGUUAUUGUCGCUGCUGUUGGUAUUAUGGUGGUGGUGGUGGUGAUGGUGAAAAGGAAGGGGAGGGGAGGGGAUGGGAGGGGAUGGGAGGGGAGGGGAGGGGUAGAGAGUGGAGGAUCACCAGGAAUUGUUUGCUCCUCCAAAUGUAAAGAAUGAUUAGGACAUAUCGUUUGACUGAUUUUAAUUAUUGAAAGGAAGCUUUACAAAGAAUUUUUAUCUUCUCUUCUUUUGUAAGUAUGUAUGGAGGCCCUUGGCCUGGAAGAUAAAAUAAUCCCAGAUUCAUCUAUAACUGCUUCAUCGGGAGCACAACCCAGUCUCUUUCGUCUCAACUCACCUUCUGCUUGGGUUGCGGACCACAGUGACCCUGAGCCCUGGAUUCAAGUUGACCUCGGAAAGGACGCGGUGAUCAAGAAAAUCGCUACUCAGGGGAAGCUUGGUGCCUAUCAGUGGGUAAGGACUUAUACGCUUUCAUCACGUGCCAAUGGAGACACUGACUGGAUGACGUAUAAAGAGAACGAUGAUGUGAAGGUGAGUCAUUUGUCUGGCAUUUGAUAUAUCUAAUAAAUAUAUGUUAUUUGCCGGCUAAGGGUCGGUCCGUAUGGUGAAAAACUGUGACCGAGGUCUUGAAAAUACUGCCCGAGGCCGUAGGUAACAUAUUUAUUGUUUUUAAACUUGACGAAAUUCUUUCCGAAAGAACCCGAAUGACUUAUGGCCGUAAAUAUGGCAAGAUCUUCCAUAAACUGAACAAUUUUUGAGUGAGUAAAUGGUAGUUAAAAUAGAGGUGAUGCAAAUUUAAGAGAGAUGCCUCAGCGAAACAUUUUCAUUUCCGUAACGAUAAAGGUGAUUUAAAAGGCUUCCAAACAAACUUUGAAACAUUAUUUUUACAAGUAUCUGUCACAAUCUGACACCUGUCAAUUAGAGAGCGCGCAAGAAAAAAAAAAUCGUAGGAACAUUUGAAAACCAACAGAACUAGUUUGGCAAGGACUGUCACGACAAUGUUUUCUUAAAAAUCAGUUAAUGAUCUAACGGAAAGUAUUAUUUACUCUCAUCGACCAUUCAUUCAUGUACGAAGAUUUACCUCUGUUCAUUAAGUAAACGGCGAGGAAAGUAAUUGUGAGUAAAUUCAAUUUUUUAUUUUGAAGUUGUGGGAGUUUGCUCGUUUGUUUGCUGUAAUGGCGUGUUUAACUCUGAUCUUUCCUUCACAAAAACUAAAUUCGAACGGCACACUCCAACGAGACACAAGGGAAUUUAAUGCAGCCUUUUCUCAAUUCCUUCAAUUUCUGUUGUGCAAUUUAAGGUACAAAUGUCCAAAUUGAACGGAAUUGGAAAGACUCACCAGGAGCGUAUAUUUGUUGUAGAACUUAAAUUAAAACUUCGCUCGCUUUUUUUUUUACUAUGAACAAAUUGCUCGAGAAAAUUCAGGUAUUAAAUGAAUGAAAGUUCCAUCGUUCAGUUUAACUGUAACCAAAUACCUCACGUUUCCACUUUCUGGGUACUUUUUGUGUACGAUUAAAAUUAAUUGCAGACGGUUUUUAGGCCGCUUGUCAACCAACGUAAUGACACUAUUGUUUAUACAAAUUCAUUCUGAAACCAAUAUUUUUCUGUCAACCAAAGUGAUUUGAUAGAGAGAAAAGGGAGGAUUCAUAAGUUAUUUAUCGGCUUGAGGUAGUGACCGACGUGUUGGCUUAAAAAUACUGCCCAGCCGGAAAACGAGGUAUAUUUAUGAAAAAUGACGACGAAAGUUGGGAUGUACUCGGCGACUCACGAAAGCGUUACUGUGGCCCGUGGGCAGAGAUAGGAAAAUACUGACCGAGUAAAGAACCAAUCAGAUUGCAAGAUUCGUUACCAUGCCCUCUAAAAAAACAAUAAAAUCAAUUAUUUUGAAAAAUUAUCAUUAAAAGGUCACAUUUUUCUAUAUUCUGGACCCGAAGAGAAGACAUAAAAAUUGUCCGGCGGUGUUUGUGUAAUAAUAUUUAUUGCGCUUGUGAAGGAAUUUGAAGUCCUCUUUUUCUUUUUUCUCUGAUUUAAUUGAAUCGAUGAAUGAAUCAAUGAGUUUAUCGAGCGAUCUGAAAAUGAAACAUUUAUAGCUACAACCCUCGUCAAGUUUUGUUGAAACAUUCGGCUCUUCUUUCGAGGAUGAGCUUUUUUCAAGUGGUCCAAUUUCCUCGCUACACACUUUGGAAAGAGGUGAAGAGAGAAAUCUUUCAAUGAUUCCGAUGAGAACUCGGUAAAGUGAUACUUAUAAACAUCUAUAAUAUUUCCAGGUAUUUCAAGGUAACAAUGAUCAGACAACAGUAAUUUCCCAUGUGCUGCCACAGCACAUCAGGGCUCGUUUCGUCAGGUUCUGGCCUAAGACUUGGACCUAUAUAUACAGAGCCAUGAGGGCAGAGGUGUACGGCUGUUUCCUUCAGUAACUGCUUCGGUUCCAAUACGGUUAGAAAGGCAAAUUCGUAACUUUCAAUUGACCAGGAAAUGAAUUCAAACCACAAGUAGUUAGUACGUGCCGUUUUGUAAAGUAUUCAAGUAAUUAUAAGUAGGCAAGUGAGCUUAAUUAGCGAACUGCGAGUUUUGUUUUGUAAUGUAUUGUAAAUCAUAUUCUGUUUAGUAGUGUAAUGUAAGUAACACUACGCUUUAUGUCACCGUUAGUACGAGACUGUUAGUAUAAGGAAGAAAUAAGUACUGGUGAUUAAUCCAAUAAGCACAGUAAUGCAAUGAGUAGAGCGAUGUCGAGUAAUGUAAGUAGAGUAAUGAAAUGUAAGUUUAGUUCUGUACAAAUGUUUCUUCAAUAAAUGUUUAUUAAAUAAAAAAAAAUGUGUUGCCACAGCACAUCAGGGCCCGCUUUGUCAGGUCCUGGGUCUAUUGUCGGGUCUAUCAGUACAGAGCCAUUAGGGCAGAGUUGUGCGGCUGUUUCCUUCAAUAACUACUUCAGCCCCAGUUCGGUUGGAAUAGCAACUUUCAAACUUUAUCUUGACCUAGGUAUCAGACUCGUAAUAAUUAGAUUUGCAGUUGGAAGUCACAGAAUUUAGCUGUCGUAAUCGGUUUCAAAAGACUGCAGGUUCUUUACGAGGGUUAAACAAUUCACAAUUUGUACAAUUGGACAUAAACUUUUAUUAAUUUGUUACUAGGAUUAUUAUUUGUAAAGAUUUCUAGCAAAUAUGCUCCUGCUGAGAUUGUCAUUUAACUUAUAUACUUAAGGCAAAAAGGACUUGGGUAUUCAUGGUAAUUGCAAAACUAAGGCGUUGAAGCCAAGAUCAUAUAACUUGCAUGAACAAUCGAUCAUGGAUCAAUAAUUACGACAAGGGACAAGGACAAAGUUGUUUUGAUGCUGCUUGACAUAGUAAUUUCAACAAACGACUCAUAUGUUUAAAGAAUAUGCAAAAAAAUAUUGAACCCUGCGAUGAAACAAUCAUUCAUGGAUGACAAUUUUGCAGGUGCACGCAAUUGCAGUGUCCAAGCAGCAAUUCGGAAGUCAAAGUAAAGCGAUGGUGAACAGAUAUGCUAAGCAGGGUGUGGUUGGGAUAUAUAGCGAUGUUACUUAGAUGCAAUGAGGCAAGAUUUGUACGAUACUUCAGUAUGCAUACAAAUAUUUUAUAAAGAAAACUUACAUUAAGCAGAAACGAUAGUUUAUCUUUUAGAGGAGUGUUCAAUGGAUUAUACGGAAAUCUUUCCGCUUAUAAUCAUGUGAUUCCAAGAAGCAGAUUAAGCUGUCAACCCCACAAAAGUCUGCCAAAAUUUUGAUCCGCCAUGUUAAAAAAUCGGUCCGCCAUCUUUAAUAAGAUGCCUGCUCUUCCCAGUGUCUUCAGUUGCAAAUACCGGUACCUCGAAAUUUGAAUAUCAAAUACCUUUAUCACUCAUCCCACGAGUUAAAAAACGAUUACAAAUACUCCCACUCAAUUCAUAUGGCAUGUUGCGACGCACACACAAUCCGAUGUCGUAAUCAUUUUUUUUUAGCCUCCUACGGCAAGGAAAGAGUGGCGUGGAAAGUCUUCCUUGUCUUUUCCAGGUUUCAUUGCUUUUCGGAGAACUAAGUAAGUAUCCACGUUAUAAUUCGGCUUUAUCGUUCGUUAUUAUAAUUUAAGGUAAAUUAUUGAAAGAGGAAAUUGUCUUUGAAUGUCUGUGAAAUAGAGUGAAAAUAGAUGCGGAAUGUAUUUGUGUCAUAGGUUACUGGAUGAAGCUGUCAUGAAGGGACUUAUCAAAAACUAGAUUUUAUGGAAAUCACGUGUAGUUGCCAUUCGCGAUAAAAAUCAUAGUAUAUUCUUGAACUUAAAUCGAUGAAAAAAAAAAUAGGGCCGUCACAAUAUCAUGGGUAGGCUAAGAUACAUUGAAGAGUAAUUUGCAUUUAAAUAAGUGCGCACUGUGUCUGUGUUUGGGUUAGUGUUAUGACAACAAACGUUUAAUCUUUCAAGUCAGCUUGCCAGCAAGCCCCAGUCAUUCCUACCGAUAGUGAAUAUAUAAGCAUGUAUUUUAUAGUUUACUUGGAAGUUAGAGAGAAGAAGGAAGACUAAGAAUCAAAGUAAAUUUGAAGUAAAUUUGAGGUAAAUUUGAUGUAUGUAAGUGAGACAGAGAAAAGAAGAGGUGCUAAUUGCGUAUGAAUUCGGGCCGGCUCUUAAUGAUCUGUGAGAUCUGAUAUUCAACUGCCGUUCAAGACGGAAUGAGUAUUAUGUCAAAUUUUCCAGCAUAGGUACGACUAUUCCAAUUUUUUAAGUCCCUGACUUAUCUUAACAUAUCUAUUUGACAAAGGCGAUUUUUCAUAGAAGACGAAAUAAACUUGCCUACAUAGGGUUCUGACCAACCGAAAGUAUUCAUGGUUGUGAAGCCAUGGCCUCAAGGAAUUGGGUUGCUAUUUGACUGGGAGACUGACAUAAGACUCUGGGUUAGCUGUCAACUUUAAAGCGCUAAGAAAGCAAUCUAGAAAAUGGAAAUUUGAAUUUAAGCAUCAAACAUCAAUCAAACUAAAAAUAAUUGGCCAUAACAGUUCUUCUCCCUCUUUGCGUCAUAGGAGAGCAAGACAGGGUUUUAUUAUCGCAUAAUACAUCAAAAGUUAAAUUGUUGUUUUUAUAAGCCUAAAUAUUGCGAACAUAUGCUUUGUCAUAGGGACUUUAAAUAUCUUUUUAAUGCCCAAUAAUUUUAUCUACACGCUUGAAGAUUGAAAACUAGAUACGUCAUAUCAGCGAUAUUCCACAUAAGCUUAGUGGAAAUUUGCUUUUAGCUUUUAAGUUUCCAUAUCAUCAAUAUAUCCUUUGAGCCAGGCGAUCAGAAGAAUAAGUUAACGAGUGUUUUGAGGCGCAACAUAAAUUAUUAACAUCCUUCCAGAGAGCCCAUCAACAACGCAAUAUUUUGUUUUUUGAAACAUCAAUGAGUGGAACAAUCUAGACAAUAACCUUAAUUUUGAUGUUAACAAAACAUGGUCAUAUACCUCGGGCGCCACCUGAGUAAUCUAUUCAAAAUGUUUGAUGUUAAUUAGUUCUGCUGCGAGGGAAUUAACAUUGUUUGUUGAAGCAAAACUUUGUAACACAUCUAAUAAGUCCCUUCACCUGAUAAGCAGUUUUAGCCAAAACUUCAAUUAAAAAUUUAACAUUCAAAUUUGCAGUUUUGCAACCAACAAAUUAAGAAAAAUUAAAAUGCGGAUAAGCAUCUCAUACCGCUGAACUCUGCUCUGGGAACAACCCCAUCAAUAGGACCACUAUUUGGUGCUUCGAACGUGAUACAGGUCCUUUUACGGUUUUUUCUACAACUUCGUUCUAUUGGUAAUCUAGCCAUAUCGACCAAUGAUGAGAAAAACGCUCAUUUUUUCAAAUUUAAAACUCUUUUUUAUCUAGUUGUCUCCAAGCUGGUCAGUCAAGUAAUGACUCUGUAACUCAGCGAACGACUGACUUCGCGUGCAAACAACAACUGUUAAGUGAAAUUGUACCGUAACUGUCAUAAUGAUUUUUUUCAUGUCAGAGCUUUGAAUCUUUUAUUAUCAAUAAAUAACAGGAUUUCGUUCAGUAAGGAGCCACAUUUUCAUGCCUCAUUUUCAUUCUCUAUGUCUUUUUUAACUUAACCUUUGUUCUUAAUGUAUUUCAUAUUGUGUGAACAAAUUGAUAAUUUUGGACUCGAUAACUAAACAAAGUAGAAAUCUCAUGUUCGCAUGACAGUAAAAAUCGGAAAAAAUUAUCUUAUCCUCUGAUUUAGUUUACUCUAUCAUGUGCAACCUCGGGAAAAAGUUUAUCUUCUUAAAACCAGCGAGUUUGCUCAACCUUGCAGAGAAAAGAGUUCAAGAAUAAAAAUUAACCUGCUAGUAUCGUGCGCUAAAGCUUGCUGGCUCUCUGAAGACGUCGCUGGCAUCCUACCGUCUGUUUGCACUGUUAGAUGUGUUGAAUAAUGAACGAGAUAUGGAAUUUUUAGUGCGCUCCCACACUUAACAAUGCGUGGUUUGUAUAUGUAUUCUUCGUGGAAAGACAACCCGUUGUGUUUCAAUUUGAUUCGGCAGUUAAAAUUUUUCUCAAGAACUUUCUGUUUUCUCUUGCUAGCCCAGAGACUUCUUGCAGAGAAUUAAUAACAAGUGAGGUUUCAAAAGGAAAACUCACCAGCUGUUAGUCAUAUGUUUCCGGUCAUUAGAUUUUACUUAACUUUUGCGCCUUUGAAUUUAAAUUACAUAGUAUUUGGUGACUGAGAUGAAACCGCUACGGGGAGAUAUUUCGAAUCUUUAGUUACAACGUGUAAGGGCAACGGUCUUUGCUUUGAGGCGGGAAUAGGAAAAGGAGCUACUAUUGCAUGAUUGAUGAAGAAUGCAUUCCCUUUUUCUGUCAACGUUAGCUGACAAACCCCCUAAAUAAGGCUUUGCCCUGAUACUUGUUUAAAUUAUUUUGUAAAAGGAGACAUGAAAAGUAUUUCUUACCGCUUUCCUGUACUCAAUUCCACUCUCCUCUGACUUAAUCAAGUCUUCAGCUGUAUGAAAUACCAGGAGCUUUAUCUUCAAUAGAAAAUCACCAAACCAAACGUCCUUUAUAGAAAAUUGUGCUUGAAAGGACUUAAGUAAAAGCACUUUGCAUUUUCUUAACAAGAAAAGGAAAAAAAUUGAUGAUAAUCUCAAGUCUUUUUCGUUUUUCUUAAUCUUUUUUUUUGUUUGUUUGUUUUAGGAAAAUGACUGCACCCCUCACUAAAGGCGUCAUAGCAACUUACGUUGUGAUUAUUUUUUGGCAAGUACGUGUGUCAUUCUCUUCAGGCGCGCAAUGCCAAAACGUUACCUACUCCUCUCAAAAUCGCGUCUUGACAAAUCACGCGUUCGCCACCGAACCAUUCGCAACCAUCAAAUCUUGCGUGAUAUUCUGCAAAGAGAGGCCCAAAUGUAAAAGCAUAAACUAUUACCAAACAACAGAGACUUGUGAGAUGAAUACCAUGAACGCAGAGUUGUCCCCAGAGAAUAUGAUGGACUUUAAAACAGCCGUCUACAUGACGAUUGCCCCUUGUUACUAUGACAAGGAAUGUAGAAGUCAAGAGGAGAUAUGUCUGGUCCAAGAGGGCGGACGCAAAUGUAAAGGUAACGUUCAUAUUUUCAUCUACCUUUGCCGACUUUAUUCGAAAAAUCUGCUCGGAGGCUCUUAUAGCUAAGGCAAUAACUAUAUUUGUAUCAGAAUGGAUAACAACAGUCUUGAAAUAGCAGGACACGGCCAUUCAUUCACUCUUUCACAAAGGCUUACUCAGAGAAUUAUGAAAAAAGUUCCAGGAUCAUAGACGAAGCAGGUCCAUUAGUCGCUGAUAUUGUUGAUGCUGUUUUGUUGCUAAUGUUAGUUGAUUGAAUGAUUCUGCAAACAUGACUGCUAAAUAUAUUAAAAAAUAAAGAAAGUUUUACGACAAACGGUAAACGUAAAAUCUAAAGGAAAGACGAAAAGAUGUGUGAUUAUAAGGACUACACCUCCCUGUGGAAUGCUUAAAAUUGUUGAAUCGAGACAAUGCUGAAGGAAAUUAUAUUUUGGAAGAAGGUUUAUCUCAACCUGCAAUUAGGCCCAGGUUGUGCUAGAGCUUUUUUUUUUGUUGUUGUUUUUUUUUUAAUGAAAAAUCUGUCUAUAAGAAGUGUAAAGUAAGUGCGACUCCCAGUUUGAAAAAAAUUUCAAAUUUUUGAAAAUCGCCAUAUCUUCGCCAAUUUUCAAGGACCUGAUGUCCUGCCUCAGAUCGAGGCUGCCAAGUUUUGGCAAAACAAACAUUCCUGCUUUUUAACCAUUUAGCUGUCAUGAUAUGCAAGAUAUGUCGGGAUGAAAUUUCAUCAGGAAAAAAAAAUUCAGGCACGCUAGUCUAGUUUUAGCGUCGGACGGCAGGGUCUGCCCCUUUUUCUUUUGAGAGAAACUAACUUAAGCGCCGCUUUUAUUCAAAUGUCUGUGACUCGUACCCUAGCUACGUUUGUACUUGUAACAAUUUGAAAAACUAUGGCUUCUACGAGAAAUUGUCCUUCCGUUGAAAGUAGUGAAGCCAGUACAAGUAGAAGUAGUGCAAGUGUCAACCAAAACGCAAAAGACAAGUAGGAAAAAAGGAUCGUUCCUCGGUAGCAAUUCGCGUGGGAUAUUUUUUCUAUCUCUUUUUAGGAGAUGCAUUUAUGACUGACGUAUGAGUCAAUUGGUAAAGGUUUGAUCAAAGGAUAUUAGCUUGAUGCAACCGCCGCCAGAAUUUGGAAAGUGCGAAAAUUUUGCCACAUUUUUGUUUGCCGAAAAUUGGAAAAUAUUUGAAUUCGCUCUAAUGCAAACCGGCCCCUAUUUUUAUCUGCUGUUUCGUUUUUUCCGUGUAUUCUUGGCAAGACCUAUUGAUAUAGUUACAGCAGUAAUGGAGAAAGGAAAGGUAUAAGAGACGAAACUGGUUCUUUGCUACAUUUUGGGUACUUCUCGAUGUAGCUGUAAUCACAUGACUCCUUUUUCUCGGUGGUAAAGGGGGUGGGUCGAGGGAAAAAUUAGAAUGAAAUGUUUGCCGCUUUUUCAGCUUAAGAUGACAAGGACCUGCUCUAUCAACCGAAUGACUUAAUUUUGUGGUUAUGAUAAUCGUAUUAUCAGAUAAUAAGAACUUGCUAUUCUUUUAAAAGCAUGCGUGAAUGAGGCCUUAGGUCUUGAAGAUGGAAGGAUUCCAGACUCAGCUUUUAGUGCUUCAUCUGUCGAGAGACCGGAUACUGUACCCGAACGCCUUCGCCUGAACUCUGCCACGGCUUGGAGUGCAAGCACUAGUGACAAAGAGCCGUGGGUUCAAGUUGACCUCGGAAAGGACGUGGUGAUCAGAAAAAUCGCUACCCAAGGGAAACGUGGUGCCGGUCAGCACACGAAGACUUACAUGCUUUCAUCGCGCGCUGACGGAGAAACUGACUGGGUUAUGUACAACGAGGACAACGUUGAAAAGGUUAGUCAGGUGUUAGCAUUGAAUUUCAUUUUUAAGAUGAAGAAACUUCCAUAUUCUGGACCCGAAAAGGUUCAUGAAAUAUAUUAUGCAAUUUUUGUGUUAAUACAGAAGCGCUUUUGAACGAACAUAAAUCCUUCCAUAUCGAUAUUCUUUGAAGUAUACAACCGAAGAUUAAAUCUAAGAAUCAAUCCGAAGAUCCACGGCCUAAUAAUUUAGCUAAUGCACCAACUUUGCUUAUUUUUCUAGGUAUUUCAAGGUAAUAAUGAGGAUCGAGACACGGUGGUUUUCAAUGUGUUGUCACAGCACAUCAGGGCUCGCUUUGUAAGGUUUUGGCCGAAGACUACGAAAAAUCACUACAAAACAAUGAGGGUAGAGCUUUACGGUUGUUUCCUUCAGUAA